AUGGCAAUCACUCCAACCCCAGAGCAGCAGUCUCGUCCCCCUCAAUUUUGGGCGGUAUUGAUCGGUAUCGACGGAUAUUUGCAUACUCCUCAAUUAUCCGGAUGUGUUUCCGAUGCGAAUGAAAUGGAGAGGUACUUAAUUGACACCCUACACGUUCCGGGGAAUCAUAUCCAGUGCCUUCUUCGUGACGACUCCCAAAUCGCUGCGAGAGUCGACCCCAAUAGCGACCCCAGCGACGACCCUACCCGCAACAAUAUCAUCCAAACACUUCGCAAUCUACCUGCCAAGAACAAUAUCAGGAAAGAUGACAAGAUUAUCAUCUACUUUGCCGGACACGGUUCAAUCUAUCUUAAUUCAGAUUAUUACAAGGAGGGGACCAUUGAAUCCUUUGGUUGCAGCCAGGCUCUAUGCCCUUCUGACCGCGACCAAGGCACCCCCGACAUUGGCGACCGGUUGAUAAACGACAUUCUCUCCAAAAUAUCCAAAGAUACGGGAGCUCAUAUCACCGUCAUUCUCGACUGCUCUCAUUCCUCAGGCAUCACACAAGGAAUACCUGGUGCCAUACCGCAUAAUGCCAAUCCCAGAGAACAGGAUGAAGCUGACUUCGGGGAUACAGAAGGAAAGCGCCAUACCUCCCCGCUGUCGCUUACAUUUGAAGCCAUGUUCGACAGCCCGGAAGACACCAAAUGGGGCAAUUUUCAGCACCGCAAAUCUGAAAAAUGGGUUCCUAAUAUGAAGUCUCAUGUCCUUUUGGCGGCAUGUCAAGGGUAUCAGCAGGCGAAGGAGAUAAAGAAGGAGGACGUUUCCAGGGGGGUUUUCACGAAGGCACUAAUUGAGGUUCUCGAGUCAAAGGAAUGGAAAGAAAAGGAAUUGAAAGAAAAGACGUAUGAUGCCCUCACUGGUCAGUUGAAUGCCCACAAGUUGGAGGGCAAGACACAGACAUCGAUCGCCAUUGGGGAACGUAAGAACACACAACUUUGGUCCCAGGAGCCAGUGAAACAGUGA